CUUUCAGGGACAGGAGGUUGUCGGUCCCUUAAUUUUAGAUAUUGAGCUAAAUAUGUAGUCGCUAGUCUAUAAAUUAGUACGUUAAUUCGUUGAUUUAAGGGACAUGCCUUUGCUCAUUCAAAAUAUAGUUGUGGAACGUAUCACCUCGACCGCAGAACUCUUCGACAAAUAUCAACAUUUGCAGGAGAAUGCAAAAGCCUUUCGAUCCCAGCCGCUCACUGACGUUGACCCCAAGUGCCUCCUGUAUGUCCAACAGAGAGAGUUUGCUGCGACGACACCAGCAGAUGAUAGUGUUUCAGUGAUUGGAUCUGAGGAUGCCACCACCUGCCAUUUGGUUGUGCUACGGCAUACAGGAAGUGGAGCUGCUUGCUUUGCUCACUGCGAUGGUUCCAACACUUGCGCUGAAGUCCCCCUCUUUAUCAAAUCAGUCACAUCGCUGAGUACCUGUUGUAAUGAGGGCAGGCUUGAACUCCAUCUUGUUGGUGGCUUUAAGGAUGAGGCAAUGACAUCCCAUGAACUCAGCCUUAACAUACUAGCAGCCUUCCAACAGCUAAAAGAUGAUAUCCAUCUGGAAACAUGUUGCAUCACAGAAAUGAAUGAUGUAGUCCUCAAUGCUGUUCAUAGACCGGCAGUUUAUGGUGUUGCUGUAAAUGUUAAAACAGGCAAAGUGUUCCCUGCUAAUUUCCCUUAUAAAGGACCAGCAGAGGCGCUGCGGUCAGCACGCACCUUCACAGGGGGACAGAUGGUUGACAUUUAUGACUCUAGUCGAGGACUUGUAAAAGUCGGCCCUUGCAAGUGGUCUCCCAAUAUGGGUAUUGCCUUUUGGUUGUCACAAGAUGAUGCCAUUAUCUUAAAGUACUUGUCUACAUCGCCAAAGGCUGAGCCACCAGACUUUGUCCAUCACAUCAAAUCCACAAUCCAGUUCCUCCUAAAGCACCCAAACUCUGACAGUCUCUUCCCUGGGGGUCAGCCACAGCUCUACCACAGGACUGAGAGCGGUGAAUGGGAGAGUGUUGCUUCUCAAGUUGAUUCUUGAUUGAUUGUUUUGGACCAUGCAAUCACCGUCUGCUUUUGUCAUCGUGUCUUAAACUGGACCUCACAUCAAUCGAAAGGCUGUCAUAACUCAUCUGGCUGGCCCAGUAGAGAAGUAGGCACACAAACUACAGUCUAUCUUUGUCUGAUGAAGGUAUGUUGCCACUUGUGUGAGCUGAUGUAAAACCUGAACCUUCAAUCUCCUGUAUCAUGUUGACUUUUUUGUUGUUUUUUGUCUUUUUGGAAAUUGAUAAAAUCAUUUUACCACCUAGCACAUAUUGGUUGACAAAACAUCACUGACGGAUAGCAAAGUUAUAUGCACCUUGAAAAUACUAAUACAUACUACUAAUAAAUAAAGUGCUUAAUAAAUGUCUUAGACCACUUGCCAUCAAGUAACGAGGAGACCAUCCGCCACCAUGAAGUACUCAAAUGCACUCUUUCAAUAUCAGUGAGCUGCUGAUGAGACAGGAAUGAGGAAGUAAAUAUAAUUUCUUAGUUAAAUAAUAUAGGGCGGAACAGUGGAAGACUGGUUAGCACAUCUGCCUCACAGUUCUGAGGACCCGGGUUCAAAUGCCGGCCUCCCGUGUGGGAGUUUGCAUGUUCUCCCUGUGCAUUGCGUGGGUUUCCUCCCACAUCCCAAAAAACAUGCAUGGUAGGUUAAUUGAAGACCUAUUUGCCCAUAAGUGUGAAUGUGAGUGUGAAUGGUUGUUUGUCUAUAUGUGCCCUGCGAUUGGCUGGCGAGCAGUUCAGGGUGUAACCCUAGUAAGGGUAAGCGGUAUGGAAAAUGGAUGGAAAUAAUGUACUUCAGAUAUUUUUAUUUUUUUAUGGAUUAAAAAAAAUAUCAAAUUUUAGCAUUAAAAUGUUUCUGUUAAAAAGCUCCUACAUAAUUGUUUACCAACUGAAUUUAGCAUCGACUUUACAUUGUGUGGUGGUCUAAUAAAUUAUUUGUAUCAUUUCAUUUAAUGGGGUAAAUGAAGGAAUGGCAUUUAAGACAUUUAAGAGAAAUGUGUACAUAAUGCACCUGUGUAUGAAAAUGAAACAUGACGACACAAGCAAGAUUAACCAAACUGCACAAAAUACGUUCACCUUCCUGGUGGGAGUAUGGCUGUCAAUUAGCUGGUACUGAAUGUUUUAAAAGGCCAUUAAUUUGGGUAAUUGAUUUUAAUUUAAAAAAUAAUAAAAUGCUUGUUUAAAUGUAAUGAAUUUUAAUAAA